UGACUGCACAUAAAACUUCCGGUAAAUGUGAAAGUAGGAAGUGAAAGAUGUACCAGUUCGCUCAUAAUUUCCGUCAAGUUUAUCCGAUUCUAAAUGAUCCCAAGAAGCAUGGCAACCAAACAGAUGGACCAGGUACACUGUAUAGGUCUUCAAGACCAGAUUUCAUGACAGAAUCUGAGGUAGAUAAGAUGAAAGAAAUGGGUAUCCAAAGCAUAGUUGACUUGCGGUCCCGUUCCGAGUACCUGAAGGCGACUGGCGACAAGCACUUAGAUCGCAUCUAUAAACCCUUGAAGGUGCUUCUACCAGGAUUUUUAGGAAAUAAGCCUUCAGACGCCGUUAAAGUGAAGGCAUUUAAAACGACAGCGUGUUCCAGCAACGCGAACACCUCUACUGAACAGAGCAGAAAACACUAUUUUAUCAACUUCUAUAAUUGGAAUUAUAUUUGGACAAUAUUCAACCGAGCGACAUGGUAUAUUAAGUUAUACGGCAUUCUGCUUUUGGUCAUAGACGUGAUAUUCCACACAAACUACAAACACUUCAUCCGUUUAUUUGCCAGAAACGUAUUGAAUGUUGGAGGGCUUUUAGAGCAGUACAUAGACAUGAUUGAAAUGAGCCAACCUAGUAUAUGUGCAGCUCUCAAGCUUCUUGCUACUGAAGGGAACCUCCCAGCUGUCAUUAACUGUGCCCAUGGAAAAGACAGAACAGGCAUUUUAACUGCCCUUGUCUUGUCAUGUGUAGGAGCAUCCAGGGAACACAUUGCUAGGGAUUAUGCUCUCUCUGAGGCAGAGCUAAGGCCAGUGCAUUCUAGAUGCCAUGAUGAAGUAGUAAAGAAAUUUCAUAUGAGUGAACAGUUUCUGAAGUCUGACGUUGAAACCAUGGAAGGAUUACUGGAUUACAUUGAUAGAGAGUAUGGUUCUGUUCAAAGCUACUUGGAAUGCAUUGGAUUUGGACAGGUGGAACAAGAAAAAUUGAAAAAGAAUUUAGAUGGGAUGUAACACUAGCAGUCAGAUGGAGUACCAUAGAAAGGGUAAAAAAUGAGGUCUCAAAUUAUAUCUUUUGUGAUGAAAUAUGAUUCAGUGGAAAAGCAUAAAUCAUGAUGCAUUAAUUAUGAAUCUAAUGAUUUUGAUAUAUGGUUGUUCUCUUUAAUUUACGACAAUUUUGUUGUAAAAAUAAUUUUGUAAGUGACAGAUUCACUAUUGUGACCAAGAGACAGGGUUGUAUUUGAUAUUGGACUUUUUCCAGAGAUAUUUUCCUUAAUGAAUAUUUUGUGAAAUUAGAUGUUAUUAUGACCUAAUUUUGGCUGUGAUUGUUUCCUGUUUUGAUAUUUUUUGUUAAUUCAGUCAUGGAGUAGUUUUGAUGUUAAGAUUAAAGGGCAACUCCAUGGGAUUUUACCCACCAAAAUGGAUUUUUUCAGGGGAAAAAAGCAAAUUUCUCAUACUCACUUAUCAUUUAUCUAUCCUUCUCUACACUUGAAUUUGUUCUUUAAGUAAAUUUAUAAAGGAUGAUUUAGUUUUAAAUGACGGGCCUGUCAUUAUUACCAGCGACCAUCUUCUUAAUGAUGGAUACAUACAUGUAUCAAUAUCAGGUGAGCUCCAGAAAAAAUUAUUUAAGGGGUUAAAUCAUUUUUAAGGUGUAUAUUAGGUUUAAUAAGAAGCUGCGGAUGACAAAAAUAAGCAUUUGGGGGAUUUUCAAAAUGAUAGAGUGUACCUUUAACAAUAUCAGCAUUUGUGAAUGUUCACUUUUAAUGCUGUUUAAGGGUGUUGUUUUUACAUUUGUGUUCCUUCAUACAGCAUUUAGAUAUAACCAUGUUAAUGUCUGAUACUGCAUAGUUUUUCUGAAUUUUCAUUUUAUAAGGUAAAAAUUAAUCAAAAAUUGUCACUGAAUCAUGUAGACAAUGUGUAAGUAUGUUUUUAGUACAUUUAGAUAUAACCAUGUUAAUGUCUUGUACUGUAUAGUUUUUCUUAUCAUUUUUGAACAGAUGAAAAUUAAUCAAAAUGUCAUUAAAAUCAUGUAGACAAUGUGUUAGUACAAUUUUUUUUAAUUUUGUGUAAAUUUGAAUGAGAUAUACCAUAUUUGUAUUUUUAAGAAGUGUACAAAAAUGACCAGGGUCAUAAUAUGUAAUAUGAUAUUUGUGUAAUUUCUUUGUUACUCCAUGGUUUUAAAACUCUCUAUUUAAAAUAUUACAUAUCCAUCAUUCCUUAUUAUCUCUGUGCAAUAAUUGAUAAUGUAAUCAUCUCAGUUUUAUCUGUUUAUCACAGAGAUGUACUAUACCUCAUACAGUGUUUAGUUAAAACUAUCACUUUGAAGGAUUUUUUUUAUUUUAAUUUUUGUUUUUGUUUUAUCAUGUUU